ACCAAACACUUAUAUGAGAAAUUUAAAUUGAAAUGGUAAUGAUAUUAAUCACUUUGUGUUUAACUACCAUCCUUGCACUUCUCCUAAAAUACAUCCUCCAAAGAACCUCCACAAACAAGUUUAACCUACCACCAUCCCCAUGGCGACUUCCGGUGAUCGGAAACCUCCAUCAGCUCAGCCUCAAUACUCACCGCUCUCUUCGUUCUUUGAGUCUCCGAUAUGGACCACUCAUGCUCCUUCAUUUCGGCCGUACACCAGUCCUCAUAGUCUCCUCCGCUGAGGUUGCUCAUGAAGUCAUGAAGACACAUGAUCUUGUUUGUGCAAACCGCCCAAAAACAAAAGUGGUCGAUAAAAUUCUGAGUGGUGGGAGAGAUGUGGCUUUUGCUCCUUAUGGAGAAUAUUGGAGACAAAUGAAGAGUAUAUGCAUCCAAAAUCUACUCAACAACAAAAUGGUUAGGUCUUAUGAGAAGAUAAGAGAAGAAGAGAUUAAACUAAUGAUCGAAAAGUUGAAAAAAGCAAGUUGUUCAUCUUCAUCCUCACCGGUAAAUCUAAGCCAACUCUUAAUGACUUUGACAAAUGAUAUAAUAUGUAGAGCUGCCUUGGGAAGAAAAUAUAGUAGCAAGAAAGAUAAGAUUGAUGUAGAGAACAUAGUGAGGACAUUUGCUGCACUCUUAGGUGAGUUUCCUAUUGGAGAAUACAUUCCUAGUUUGUCUUGGAUCGAUAAGAUGCGCGGUCUUGAUCAUAAAAUGGAGGAAGUAGAUAAAAGGUUUGAUGAAUUUUUGGAAAGAGUUGUUAAAGAACAUGAAGAAGCAAAUAAAGAGACCAGAUCCGACUUGGUUGAUAAGUUGCUAAUGAUUCAAAGCGAUAAGACGGGACAAUUCGAGCUUGAGAAAAGUGCCUUAAAACUUAUCAUAUGGGAUAUGUUCUUAGCUGGAACGGCAACAACUCUAUCAUUUCUUGAAUGGACAAUGACAGAGCUUAUGAGACAUCCAAAGGCCAUGAAGAAACUUCAAGAAGAGGUUCGUUCAAAGUCACCACAAGAUUUAUUUAUAACGGAGAAAGAAGCUGAGAAGAUGAAUUAUUUACAAGCUGUUAUUAAGGAGGCUUUACGGUUGCGUCCACCGGCUCCAUUGUUGGUUCCACGAGUAUUUAGCGAAAAUGUCAAGUUAAAAGGAUACAAUGUUCCUUCAGGCACACAGGUUAUAGUCAAUGCUUGGGCAAUCCAACGAGACACUAUAACAUGGGGGCAAGAUGCUGAAGAGUUUAGGCCGGAAAGGCAUUUAGACUCGGAUUUGGAUUUUCAAGGACAAGAUUUUAAGUUUAUUCCGUUUGGAUCGGGAAAAAGAAUAUGUCCCGGAAUAGGAUUCACAUCGGCGUUGAUCGGGGUGACAUUGGCCAACAUUGUGAAACGGUUCAACUGGAGAAUGGAUGUCCAACCAGAAAGGGUUCAAGAUGAUCUAACUGAAGCAACCGGCCUUGUGAUUUUCCGCAAAUUCCCUCUUAUGGCUAUCCCAUCUUCUGCUUGAUUUCGAACCUAUCUCUUUUAGCCUUAUUCGUGAAUAAAACAUUGCAACUUUGCAUGGUCUAAGUACAUUCAUAAUAUGAUAAGACUUGUAAUACAAUUCUUGAUUUAAGAGAAACUCUA